AGGAAGUGACUGUCUCAUUUCUCUCUUUGCUGUCGUACUGACUCUUCUGUGAAUAUUUGGAUCAGUAAUCAGUGCAGAACUAAGGGAAAUACUUUCAACAAGGAUUUUUGUGAAGUUAGUUUCAGAGUAGACAGCAGAUCUUUGAUGAUUCUGAUGGUUAUUCGUUCUUGAAAGCAACAAUUCAGAAAGUGAAAGUAAAGUUCAGAUCGUUGAGCUUUUACAAACAGUAAAAAUGGCUUCUCUAUCUGUGGAAGAUCUCUCUUGUCCAGUGUGCUGUGAAAUCUACAAGGAUCCUGUUUUUCUGUCGUGUAGUCACAGUUUGUGUAAAGAGUGUCUUCAAAAGUUCUGGAAAACCAAGAGAACUCAAGAGUGUCCCAUCUGCAGGAAAAGAUCUUCAAAUCAAGACCCUCCUUGUAAUCUGGUGUUGAAGAACUUGUGUGAUUCAUUCCUAAAGGAGAGAUCAGAGUGUGAGGAGAUCUGCAGUUUACACAGAGAGAAACUCAAACUCUUCUGUCUGGAUGAUAAACAGCCGGUGUGUUUCGUGUGCAGAGAUUCAGAGAAACACACCAAUCAUAAAUUCAAACCCAUCUGUGAAGUUCUUCCAUCUUACAAGGAGGAACUCAAUACAACACUGAAGUCUUUACAAAAGAAACUCAAACACACUGAAAUCAUUAAAGGAAAGUGUGAUGAAGCAGUUCAACACAUCAAGACUCAAGCUGAGCACACAGAGCGUCAGAUUAAAGAGCAGUUUAAGAAGCUUCAUGAGUUUCUCCGAGAUGAAGAAGAAGCUACAAUCACUUCACUGAGAGAGGAAGAGGAGCAGAAGAGUCAGAUGAUGAAGAAGAAGCUUGAGGAGAUGAACACACACAUCUCAGCUCUUUCACACACAAUCAAACACAUGGAGGAAAUGAUGAAAUCCAAUGACGAUGUGUCAUUUCUAAAGAACUUUAAUGUGACAAUGGAAAGAGCCCAGAUCUCACAGCCGGAUUCACAGAUGACAUCUGGAGCUCUCAUUCAUGUGCCACAUUACUUGGACAACCUGACAUUCAGAGUCUGGAAGAAGAUGCAAGACAUUGUCCACAAGACUCCUGUGAUUCUGGAUCCAAACACUGCAAAUCCACGCCUGAUCCUGUCUCAUGAUCUGACCAGGGUGAGAUACAGCCUGAACAUUCAACCGAUUCCUGAUAAUCCAGAGAGAUUUGACUAUUAUGAGUGUGUUCUGGGUUCAGAGGGUUUUAAUUCAGGAACACACUGCUGGGAUGUGGAGGUUAAAGACAAUAUACUCUGGAUUAUUGGAGUAACUACAGCAUCAAACCAGAGGAAGGGAAGUGUUUUCUUCAGCACUGAUGUCUGGAGUGUGCAGUAUGAUGAGUUUGGAUUAUUCCCACUAUACAUCAAUAAUCCCUCCACUGUGUUUCAUGUCACACAAUAUCUUGAGCGUCUGAGAGUUCAUCUGGAUUAUGACGGAGGAAAAGUGUCAUUCUCUGAUCCUGUAACUAACACACAUCUACACACAUUCACACACACAUUUACACACACACUCUUGCCAUUCUUCUGUAGUUUUGAUUUCACUCCUCUGAGGAUUUUACCAGUUAAACUGAUGGUGACAGAAAAUCACAGUUCUGACUGAUUGUGAUUAUCGAUGAUAAAAUAAGAGAAUUUAAGUGAAAUCAUUGUGAAUUGUUGAUCUUUGUAAAGGACUGAUAGGAGGUGAUUUUAGACUUUAUUAUCAGUUUUCUGUCUUCUUUACAUUAUUUCAUGUCUUAUGAAUGUAUAUUCUGAUGUAUAAUAACCAAUAAUCAUAAUUAUUUAGGCGUGAUCAAGGUUAGAUUGAAUUGUUUUAUGUCUUGAUACACCGCUUGAUGACAAUAUGAGACAAUUUAAGAUUAAAUAAAAUCAUGAAAUCCUCAAAAUUCAGAGUUUUUCUUACAGUAACAGUCAUUAUACAAAAGUAUUAUAUUGUGUUUUACAGUACGUGGAAAUGAACAACUUCAUCAAUAAGACAAAAGUGCCUUACAUAUUUAUAUUUAUACAUAUAUGAAAGUAAUGUCGUCACCUCCAGCCAGUCUUAAAUAAUGUGUCUGUUAUAAACAUCCUCAUGUGUCUCUGAUCUCAUCUCUGACCCUCUUAUGACCCCUGAUUUCUGCAUAAUGUCCAUCAGUGUGUUUUCUGCAGUCUGAUGCUUUGACAUGAUAUUGAUCA